AUGAAUAAAUAAAAAUUAGCAUAAGAAAAACAAUAUAGAGACCAGGCAAAAUACAGAACUCUAUUCAGUGUAAGCAAUUUAGAUAUAUUCAGUAAGAUCCUAUAAAUCCAUUUAGUGAAAAAGAUGUAGAAAAGAUGAAGUUUUAGUAUGCACAAGUUUUGAAGGAAUAAGUAAAGGAUUAUAUUUAUUCAUCAGAUUUUAGAUUCUAAAAGAUAUAAAGAAUAGCAAAAAACAAUAGAUAGAGAAGAAACUUAAAAGCAAAUUUAAUACGAAAGCCCUUUUGGAAGGUAUUAUAUUAAUUAAGAUUAGAGAUCGAUUAAUCCAUCUUUAAAAACUCAACAGAGAACUCUUAAAACCAAUUUAAGAUAUUGAUGAUUUUGUAAUGAAAAAGAACUAAACAGAUAUUUCAAGACCAAAAACUAUUUUAAAGAAUUAAUCGACUGAAAGAAGUAAUUAACAAUAUUCAAAUGAAAACUCCUUAGAAUAAGUACCAUAAUAUAAUUUUGACUCUCCUAAUUAAUAAGAAAAUAGGGAACAAAUAUAAAAUAGAAAUCAUAAAUAAAUAAUUCCUACUUAAUAAACUUAAAGAAUGAGAGAAUACUAAUCUACAUAAUCUUUAGGUUUACCAGAACCUAUUUUAUAAAACAACAGUAAUCUAUUAAAAAACAACAGCAAAAAUAUAAAUUAUCCUAUAUAAUUACCACCAAAAACUCCAGGAAUAGUUUAUGAUAAAUAAAAUAAUCCUGUAUUAUCUGAUUAUGUGAGUGUUUAUGAUUAACAAUUUAGUAGAUUACAUAAAUCAGAAAAAAGUGAUUUUAUGAAAGAAUUAAAUUAACUUAGAUCUUAAUUUUAUGGUUAAUAAAAACCUUAAGUUUAACCUUUUAGAUAAAUAGCUAAUUAAUAAUAAUCUCCUCCUAAAUUUACAACUGAUGUUGGAAUUUAAGAUGAUUAAUAUAGAUUAGAAUAGAUGGAAAGAGAAAAGUAAGAAGAAUAUAUGAGAUAAUAAGAAUAUCUGCGUUAAUUAGAAGAAUAAAAGAGAAGAGAACAAGAAGAAUAUGAAAGAUAAUUGAGAGAAAAAAUAGAAAGAGAAUUAGAAGAAUAAAAAAGACUUAAGUAAUAGGAAAUUGAAAUUUAAACUGAAAAACUAGUAACUGAUACAGGAAUUUAACAUGUUGAUUAAAAUGCUGUUACAGCAGCUGAAUAUAUGAAGACACUAAAAUCAUUAUCAGGAAAUGUUAUUGAUAUGAAAAAUUAAUUUAUUUAAGGAUAAUAAAAGUUAAAUUAUGAGUUAAUUCAACUUAGAGAUAAGGCAUAAAGAGAUAUCGAAGAAAAAUUAAGAAUUUAAAAAGAAUUAAAAGAAUUAGAAUAAAGAUAAUAAGCAAUGAAAGUUUGGGAAGGAGAAAAAUAAAGAUAAUUAAUGUAAGCUUUAGAAAAGAAUGCUCCAAUUCCUUAGUAUAAAUCAGCUUAUAUGGAUCAUAAAUAAUUAAAUCCAACCAUUAAAAAAGUUAUUAGAUUUAAAGAUUAAACUUAAGGUUAUGAAUAUGAAGAACCUAAUGGAAUAUUAUCAAAAUCUAAUCUAAUGCCCUUAAAUGGAGGAUAUGAUUAGAAACAUUUACAUAAUUUAAAGGCUAAUGAACCUGUUCUACCAGAAGAAUUAGAAAUUUUUAGAUCAGAAGUAGCUCCUUAAUUAAAAUAUUCAAACCCAAUUACUAAGUAAAUUAGAAUGGAUGAUCUAAAUGAUUAAUUCUAUGACUAUAAAUAUUAAAGAUAGCUAGAACAUCCUGGUUAGGAAAGACUUGAAAGAUCAAAAUAUGAAACUUAAAUCAAUAAUGAUCCAAAUUAAAUAUUAUUAGAAAAUGACAGGAGGUUACAUGAACUCAAAAUUAUUGAUCCUAAAGCAGAUAAUAAAUAAAUUUAAGAAUUAUAUGAUUAUUUAUGA